AUGGCUACCACGGCGAUUGACGUCGUCAGCAACGGCGAUGCAGACUCUGUCCGCUCGCGCCCGCGCAAGGCAGUCGUCGCCGCCCACGCGCUCCUCAAGCAAGAGGCCGCUGCCGACAGCAACCUCAGCAACCCCGACAGCGUCGCCACGAGCGGCCGCUCUACACCCGUCGCCGAAAAUGCGCCUCCAUCGACAAAAUCCAUCUCCUCGGCCCGCAAGACGCUCCGCGCCGAGCAGCAGCAACAGCAGCAGCAGCAGCAGCAGCAGCAGAGCCGCCGGCAGCGCCGCAUCUUCCCCACGACCGACUUCGCCUCGCGCCUCUCCCACCUCGACCCGGACUCCGACUACCGCGACUUCCACGGCUUCUUCAACCUCUUCUGGAUCGGCCUCGCCAUCAUGGGCAUCACCACCAUGCUGCGCCACAUGAAGGACACGGGCUACCCCUUCACCUUUGAGAUAUGGUCCCUCUUCACCGUCAAGCUGUGGCACCUCGCCGUCGCCGACUUUCUCAUGGUCGCCACCUCGGCCGUCUCGCUCCCGCUGCACCGUCUUUUUCGCGCCGCGCCGCAGGGCGGCCUCUGGACGUGGGCCCGCGGCGGCAUGGCCCUGCAGAGCGUCUACCAGGUCCUCUGGCUGGGCGCAUGGGUCGCGGUGCCGUUCUGGCUCGAGUGGACGUGGACGUCGCAGGUCUUCCUGCUGCUGCACACCAUGGUGCUGCUCAUGAAGAUGCACAGCUACGCCUUCUACAACGGCCACCUCUCCGAGACGGAGAAGCGCCUGCGGCGUCUCGACGAACCCACCUCGCGCGGCACAAAGGACCGCUCCCCGCCGUACAUCUACCCCGUCGCCGCGGCGAACCGCCGCUCCAGCAAGGCCGGCAUCGCCGUCGACAUGGUCGGCGGCAAGGAAGACAUUCACCUGCACCACAGCAACAAGACCGAGGAGCAGACACCCACCACACCCACCACCACCACCGGCCGCAACAAGUCCAAGUCGGCGCCGCCCAAGCCAGAGGAGGGCAAGCUCGCCGAGACGAAAGCGGCCGCCGCCCAGCACGAGUGCGACUCGGACGACGAGAUUGAGCUCCUCCGCGACGCCCUCGCGCGCGAGCUCACCUCGCCCAUGGGCCACGUCACCUACCCGUGCAACCUGACCUGGGCCAACUACUUUGACUUCCUCCUCUGCCCGACGCUCUGCUAUGAGAUCGAGUACCCGCGCAUGCCCACCGUGAACUGGACCUCGCUCAUCUCCAAGAUCGUCGCCGUCUUUGGCUGUAUCUUUCUUCUUACAAUUACCUCGGAGGACUUUAUCCUCCCCGUCCUCGUCGACGCCGAGUCCCGCCUCGCCAGCAUCACCACCACCCAGUCCGCCGCCCUCUCCGAGACGCUCCUCAUCCUCGCCGAGACCAUCUCCUGGCUGCUCUUCCCCUUUAUGCUCACCUUCCUCCUCGUCUUCCUCGUCAUCUUCGAGUACGUCCUCGGCGCCAUGGCCGAGAUCACGCGCUUCGCCGACCGCCGCUUCUACUCGGACUGGUGGAACUCGACCGACUGGAUGGAGUUUUCCCGCGAGUGGAACAUUCCCGUCCACGCCUUUCUGCGCCGCCACGUCUACUCGGCCUCGAGGCCGUUUACGGGCCGCAGCGGCGCCACCGCCAUCACCUUCUUCAUCUCGGCCAUUGGCCACGAGAUUGUCAUGGCCUCCAUCACCAAGAAGCUGCGCGGCUACGGCUUCAUCGCCCAGAUGCUCCAGCUGCCCAUUGUCGUGCUGCAGCGCACGAAAUGGGUGCGCGGAAAGAGGACCCUCAACAAUGUCUUCUUUUGGUCCUCCAUGAUCAUGGGUCUGUCCAUGAUUUGUGCCCUGUACGUGCUGCUAUAA